CCGGAUGACAUACCUUGAAGUCCGACCUUGUGCCGCAUACUUUUACCAAUCGUAAAACCUUGAACCCAAAACCCUCGCACUCUGUCAUCGCCGUGUGAACGCUUAUUGUACACAAACCCUAAACCCCCCAAAAUAAACCCUAAAGCAUCUGCAUCGACCCAUUGAGCAUAUCAACAGCAAGCAAUAAGCAUAUAGGAAUCAGUGUAAUCAAAGAUGCAGCACGAUGAGGUUAUAUGGCAAGUUCUCAGACACAAGCACUGCAGUUUCAUGACCAAAAUAGAGACGGGGAUUUUCUGUCGAAACGAUUAUAAUGUUACCGGAAUUUGUAAUCGGAGCUCUUGCCCUCUCGCCAACAGUCGUUACGCAACUAUUCGCGAUGAGAAUGGUAUCUUCUAUUUAUAUAUGAAAACUAUAGAAAGGGCUCAUAUGCCAAACAAAUUGUGGGAAAAACUUAAACUGUCACCAAAUUAUGAAAAAUCCCUGGAAAAGAUCGACGAACAUCUGAUGUACUGGCCUAAGUUACUUGUGCACAAAACAAAGCAACGAUUGACCAAAAUGACUCAAAUGCGUAUACGCAUGAGGAAACUUGCUCUGAAAACAAGGGAAAAGAUAAUGACAACGCCUAGGAAAGAGAAAAAAAGAGAGGCUAGAAGAGAGGAAAAGGCUGAAAAAGCAGCAAUUUUGGAUAAGAGUAUUGAAAAGGAAUUGCUUGAACGUCUUAAGAAGGGAGUUUAUGGCGACAUAUAUAAUUAUCCUGUAAAAGAAUACAAUAAAGUUCUUGAUAUGGAAGGACUCCAGGCUGCUAGUGAAGAUGAAGAUGAGGAGGAACCUGAGAUAGAAUAUGUUGAAGGAUAUGAAGAACUUGAAGAGGAAGAUGAUAUGGAAGAUUUUGGUGGUCCUGCAUUUAAUGAGUCUCAUGCAGAUGAUGAUGAUGAUUUUGGAAUUGAUGAAAAUGAUGAAGAGACAGUUGCAGUUGACCGAAAGGGAGUUAAAAGAAAUGAUAGCACCUAUACCCUAAGAAAUUUUGAGAAAGAUGAACCUGGGUUCAAAUCAAAGAAGAAAGCAAGGGUCCUUGUUGAGGUUGAGCGUGAAGAUACUGAGGAAAGACAAGCAGCACUUCAGUGAGAGCUUAUAUUAUUCUUGAUAAGUUUUUUCUCUUAACCAGAUGGUGGUAAUCAUCAUCAAAUUUAUGAGGUUGACAGGGCUUGACUCUUCUCUUACAUGCUAAGGGGGUUUGCUCAAAGAUAUGACAGAAAAUGGUGGUCAUUUCACUUUUGCUCGCUCAACUAAAUUCGAUCCUUUUUUGGUAGGGUUUUUGUUUUGCUUUUCUUUUUACCCUUUCAAGGAAGGGCUUUCCAUGGCACACUAAUAAUAUGCAUCAGCAAUUCUGGGAGUUUCUUUUCAAUCCCAUCCAAAAUAUUCAUCUCCUGGGCUUUGUCCGUCUUUAGUACGGCGAAUACUUCUGUUUUUUUAUUCUUCUCCCUAGUAAAUCCUUUUCAGUGAUUCUAUAAACUAUAACAAUGAUGAUGACUGAAUCAUUUGUCCAGAAACUGUAGAAUUCAUUCAGUAAUUUUACCAUAGACACCAUUGA